GCAGGGUCCCCGCGCCCCCGGCGGGAUGGGCAGGACGUGAGGAGGGAGCCGGGAACGCCGCCGGGGCGUGGGGGUCUGAGGGAGGCCGGGCAUCACCUCCCUGCCAGCAGGCACCAUGGGCUGCUGCUGCAGCUCAGACUAUGACGAGGACUGGAUCGAGAACAUCGACAUCUGUGAGCACUGCAACUACCCCAUCGAGCCCAACAGCAAGAGCCAGAGGCUGAUCUGCGUCGGCUCCGAGGUGCAAGACCCCCUGGUGUCCUACGAGUCCACGUCCCCGCCGUGCUCCCCCAUGCAAGGUGAGGCCUGGCCACAGCGGGGGGAACACCCCCCAAAGGGGCCACUGCCACCCUGCCCCUCCCUUGUCCUCCCAGAUAAGCUGGUGGUGGCCCUGUACAACUACGAGCCCAAGCACGACGGGGACCUGGGGCUGCGGAAGGGAGAGAAGCUCCGCGUGCUGCAGGAGAAUGGGGAGUGGUGGAAGGCACAGUCGCUCACCACCGGCCAGGAGGGAUUGAUCCCCUACAACUUCGUGGCCUUGGUGAACAGCCUGGAGCCCGAGCCGUGGUUCUUCAAGAACAUCAGCCGCAAGGACGCCGAGCGGCAGCUCCUGGCGUCGGGCAACACGCACGGCUCCUUCCUCAUCCGCGAGAGCGAGACCUCCAAAGGCUCGUACUCGCUGUCCGUGCGGGACCUGGACGAGGCCCAGGGAGAGACGGUGAAGCACUACAAGAUCCGCAACAUGGACAACGGCGGCUUCUACAUCUCCCCCCGCAUCGCCUUCGGCAGCCUCAGGGAGCUGGUGCAGCACUACACGCGCAGCUCUGACGGGCUCUGCACCCGCCUGGGCAAGCCCUGCCGGACGCAGAAGCCGCAGAAGCCGUGGUGGCAGGACGAGUGGGAGGUGCCCAGGGAGUCUCUGAAGCUGGUGGAGAAGCUGGGAGCGGGGCAGUUCGGAGAGGUCUGGAUGGGCUUCUACAACGGGCACACGAAGGUGGCUGUGAAGAGCCUGAAGGCGGGCAGCAUGUCCCCCAGCGCCUUCCUGGCCGAGGCCAACCUCAUGAAGAACCUGCAGCACCCGCGGCUGGUGCGGCUCUACGCCGUGGUCACCAAGGAGCCCAUCUACAUCAUCACCGAGUACAUGGAGAAGGGCAGCCUCGUGGACUUCCUCAAGACCUCGGAAGGAGUCAAGCUCAGCAUCAACAAGCUCCUGGACAUGGCUGCGCAGAUCUCCGAAGGCAUGGCCUUCAUCGAGGCCAAGAACUACAUCCACCGUGACCUGAGGGCCGCCAACAUCCUCGUCUCGGACGCGCUGUGCUGCAAAAUCGCCGAUUUUGGGCUGGCCCGGCUCAUCGAGGACAACGAGUACACGGCUCGAGAGGGGGCUAAAUUCCCCAUCAAGUGGACGGCGCCGGAGGCCAUCAAUUACGGCACAUUCACCAUCAAGUCGGACGUGUGGUCCUUCGGGAUCCUGCUCACCGAGAUCGUCACCCACGGCCGGAUCCCGUAUCCAGGGAUGACCAACCCCGAGGUGAUCCAGAACCUGGAGCGGGGGUACCGGAUGCCGCAGCCGGACAACUGCCCGGCCGAGCUGUACGAGCUGAUGAGGCAGUGCUGGAAGGAGAACCCCGAGGAGCGCCCCACCUUCGAGUACAUGAAGAGCGUGCUCGAGGACUUCUUCACCGCCACCGAGGGCCAGUACCAGCAGGAGCCCUGAGGGGCCAUGGGAUCUCACCCCCCCUGCCCAGUGCCAGGGUGCUGGGGGCGCUCCCCUGCAGCAACCACUCCCCCCACAAGACUCCAUGAGCAUCACAGUGUUGGUGGACUCUCCCCCUGGGUCUCGGCAGUAAAGAUUUGGAGCACUCCAGACUUUGGGAGAGGCAGA